AUGAUUAAGACGUUACUCGAGAAUUCAAUCACUAACGCUUCCCAAAUUGGUCUUCUCAAAGAGUGGAAGAAAGAAGAGAUAAAGAAAGCUGCAGAGCAGGCUUUAGCUAAAAAGCUUGCAGGCAUUAUUCCUGUGGCUACUGGUAGUAUUCAAGGCGACGGCAGUCAUAUCACUAUUAACCUCAUCGACAUCGUUGACUUCCUUAUCGAACAGGUUGUUAGCUACUACAAGGUGUCUCACUACAUCCCUCAGAAAACACGGCCACCAACAACAGUAUACGAGAUGCUCCAAUGGGUCACCGGACUGAAGUACAAUCACGUGUACGAUGGAGUUAAGAACCACAUUAGGACAUUGUUCCCGAAGCCUGAUGCAUACAAAGAGCAUCCAGAUUAUUCACUAAUUCCCACCGAUAAAUUAACCUUCCGAGCAACCACCGAAAUUAAGUAUGACGAGCUGACGAUGCACUUGGCACAGUUUGCUCGAAAUCCAGAAGCACUUAAAGCCAUAAUGGGUCACGGACAUUCCGACGGCCGUUAUGCCUGCGAGUUCAAUACAAACACAGAUAAAUUAUUGUAUCCUAGUACUGGUGGUGCGUGCUUUGAUGUGCUAGUAGAUAUACUGAAUAGGCUGUAUCAUCAAUUAUGCUUCGUAUACAAACAGUGUCACAACGGUCCUGACAGUAGUGGUUGGUCCGAUUGCUACUACGGUCGCGGCAUUGGGGGUUCGAACUGGAACUGCAACAGUAACCAAUGUCCCAACCAAAUAGGCAGCCAACCAUGUAACCAAAAGUGUGACCAAACGGGUGACCAACAUCCAAACUGCGGCGUAAAAUCGCCACUUCAAUCCUUCCUGGAAGAUGGUCUCCCCGGGUUCCUUCCUCAUUCAAUUACUCUCCUGGUUGCAAACUGA